GUUUUGUAUUUAUAAAGUCUCUGUUUUUACUCCUCUGAAGCUGUAACGGCUACAAUGAGAUUUGCUACUCUGUUUUGGGUUUUGAUGCUUCUACUUCGAUUCGGUUUAUUCGUGGAAUCGAUCAUCGUCCCAGUUGAUUUCUUGGCUCUACAAGCGAUUCGUAAAUCGCUCGAUGAUUUACCAGGUUCAAAUUUCUUCGAUUCAUGGGAUUUUACCUCUGAUCCUUGUAACUUCGCCGGAGUUUAUUGUGACGGUGAUAAAGUAACCGCGCUUAACCUCGGUGAUCCAAGAGCCGGUUCACCCGGUUUAUCUGGUCGGAUUGACCCGGCUAUUGGAAAACUCUCUGCUUUAACGGAGCUCUCUAUCGUACCUGGUCGGAUCAUGGGUUCGUUACCGCACACAAUCUCGCAGUCAAAGAAUCUCCGAUUUCUCGCAAUCAGUCGGAAUUUUCUCUCCGGUGAGAUUCCAGCGAGUCUCGGCGAGCUUCGGGGACUCAAAACACUUGAUCUGAGCUAUAAUCAGCUAACCGGGUCGAUUCCUCCGUCAGUCGGAUCCUUACCGGAGUUAUCCAAUCUGAUUCUAUGUCACAAUCACUUGAACGGAUCAAUUCCUCAAUUCCUCUCACAAACCUUAACACGAAUCGAUCUCAAACGCAACAACCUCACCGGCGUAAUAUCUCCCACGUCUCUUCCGCCGUCGUUACAGUAUCUCUCACUCGCUUGGAACCACCUAACCGGACCAGUAAACCGGGUUUUACUCAGAUUAAACCAGCUCAAUUACCUCGAUCUCAGCUUAAACCGGUUCACCGGUGCAAUCCCCGGUCAGAUCUUCACCUUCCCGAUCACCAACCUCCAAUUACAACGUAAUUUCUUCUACGGCGUGAUUCAACCGGCGAAUCAGGUAACAAUUCCGACCGUCGAUUUAAGCUACAACAGAUUCUCCGGCGAGCUUUCUCCGCUUCUCUCCAACGUACAGAAUCUCUAUCUAAACAAUAACCGAUUCACCGGUCAAGUCCCGGUUAGCUUCGUGGAUCGGUUAUUGGCAUCGAAUAUACAAACACUAUACCUCCAACACAACUUCUUGACGGGAAUACAAAUUAGUCCGGCGGCAGAUAUUCCGGUGAGCAGCUCGCUGUGUCUGCAAUACAACUGUAUGGUGCUACCGGUACAGACGCCGUGUCCGGUUAAGGCCGGUUUGCAGAAAACCAGACCCACAACGCAAUGUAACGAGUGGCGAGGGUAAAGACGUAAUUUCAAGAUGUUGUUGAUUUUCGUGUCUUUCUCCGGUUAUUUUGUUACUAAACCUUCGAGUUUCGA